CGACUUCUAUGUAUGUUUUCUAUGUAUUAUGUGGGCAGCAUGAUUUGACAGCAUUGUACACCCACUGAUAAGUACGUUUUCUUAUUAAAUGUACAAAUAAUGCGUAUUAUCGUUCAAAAAUAAAUUUUGAAAAUGGAGCACGACAAUUCUAUGUCUGACCGUAUUUUACGUAAAUUGGAGGACAUCAUAAACAGUGAUACAGAAUUAAAAGACUUUACAAUAGUAAUUACCGAAGAAAAUACCAGAAAUAAAUGCCCGGUACUUUAUGCUGAACACAGCCUUGGUUUAGAAUCUUGGUGUGUUAAACAUGUGUACCAGUAUGUGUGUGCUGAAUUAUUUGAAACUAGAGCCAAGUUAGCCAAAGGUAAAUUAACAUUUGAAAAAAUGAAGUCUCUUAAUAAAUUACUUAUUGGUGCUCUUUUAAUUAACACUGAUGUGGCAACUUUUUGGGCAAUGAGGAGAGAACUAAUUGAAUCAGAUGUUCUAAGUAUAGAAGAAGAAUUAUUUUUUUCCAAAAUUGUUUUAACUUAUAAAAGUAAGUCUAAUGAAACAUUUUCUCACAGAAAAUGGUUAUUAAAUAAGUUAUUUAAAAAAUGCAAACAUGAUCAGACAUUCAUAAUUAAUAAAUUUGAGGAAGAGUUUGCUGUAACUGAAAUGGCAGCUGGAUAUAGUGCUAACAACUAUCAUUGUUGGAAUCAUAGAAUUUGGUGUAUGGAGAAUUUAGUAAAUAAAUUAGAACUGAGCAUUGUGCUUCCCAUUAUAGAAAAACAACUACAAUUUUCAUCAAAAUGGAUACAAUUACAUGUUUCAGAACAUACCGGAUAUCAUUAUCGUCAAUAUUUAAUAAAUUUAUCACAGAAGAAUGAAUAUGUAGCCCACAUCAGCCAGUAUUAUUUUAAAAGAAUUAAACCUUUUCUAAAAGUUAUUAAAGAUUCUGUUUCAACUUUAAAUUUUUUGAUGCCAAAACUUAAUUUACCUGAAAAAGACUUGGCUAACACAAUGAAUGUAAUUUCUUUAUUAUUGUAUGAUUUACUGUGUCUAACAAACAAUUUGAAUUUUUUAUUUGAUGGCCAUGAGAGUUUAUGGUAUCAUAGAAGGUUUAUAAUCUAUAAGUUAAUUAAAUUGAUAUAUAAUUCUUAUAAAAUACCAUUCCAGUUUAAGCAACUAAAUUGUACUUACAAACAUCCAACUUGUUGUAAUUUUGUAGAAAGUUGUUUAUAUUCUCAACUUACAAAUGUUCCUUCUUCUACAUCAGGUGAAAAAUUGCCAAAAAUAAUCAAAUACUUUCCCAUUAAAUUUGAAUCGCCCCUUUAUACAAUGAUUGUUAACUGGGAACGGGAUUUUAUUCGUCAAAAUAAGGAAAAUAUAAAUAAUUUAAUACAAGUGGAGUUUGCAAAAAGACAUGAAAAAUGGUUAUUAUUGUUCUUAAAUAUUAAUUUAGAGUAAAAUUGUUAAAAUCAUUCAAACAUGUUUAAUUAUAAUAUUAUUUAAAUUAUUUGUACAGACAUACAUUUGUUAAUUUUUAUAUUUUCUAUACCAAAAUAUACGAAUAUUAAAAAUAAA